AUGUUGCGUGUGUUCGCCGCUUUGUCGGUGUUCUUCUUUGCCUCUAUUUGCAACUCUGUCGAUAAUCCGACAACACCAUCUCCUGGUACUGAUGAUUUCGUGUACCUGAACUUUACGUGUCUCGCCUUCUUUGCCAGAAGAAUAUCUGUAUUCAUAGAUGAAAAUCCACCUACCAAUUACACUAUUGAGCCGAAAAAUCCCGUUGGACAUUGCGGGGAUAAUGAAACUGCAUCCUUGUCAUUUUCUGCUGAUAUCGGAUCGCACACUAUACCUUCUUUAAAUAUCUCGUAUGUGGACUCGUUGGCAGACUAUGUUUCUAGGUUUGUUUUCGUGUCCGAUGGAUAUCGUUAUUGGUCGCUGAAUGCUUCGACUGUUCAGUUUAAUGAUAAAGUCUAUAAUCUUUCAAUGAAGUGGCCAGAUUCACCGCUUUCUAUGGGCUUCAAAUGUUAUGACAUGGGCCGUGUUGUCGCUGUGAAUUCCACCCCUAAUAUCGGGUUUUCUUUCCUAGGACUGCAGGUCCAACCGUUUGGCAUCACUAAUGGCGUUUUCACUGAAGCGAACGACUGUGUUGGGUUCUUUACCACUGAAAUUUUCUCCAAUUUGUUUGUCAUAUUCCUUCUCCUUGGAAUCUUCACUUACGGACUGGUUAUGAUCAUGGGUAUCCAGACAAACGAUUCUUUUGACGACCCAAAGCACAAAAUGAUUCAAAUUGGUGGGACCUCCGACUGA